AUGCUGAAGUGGGUCGUAACGCGCGCACCACAGGCAAUGUGCAAUGAGUGGCAAACGCAUAACGAUCAUCAGUGGCGAUGGAACAUAGAGGCUCGCUAUCCAAAUCAAAAGUUAGAUUUUGAAAACAACAAUAAUAUACCACCAACGGAUGUCAAAUUUUGCUACGACGGCACCAAUUCACCAUGCGAUCAAACAGGUCUUAAAGCUACAGAUACUGCACCGAUGGCACCGACAGCAACAAACACCUCCUCGAGCGUGCUUUCUAGCGCAAAUCUCAACAAUACGGCGUCUUCCUUUCGCUAUUUCUUAGUAAAUCAUCAUUCGUCUCCUCUGAAAAUUCUACGCCAUUCACCCAUCGGUAACUUUGCAUCACGUAGCAGUACAUCUCCACGGCGUGCUGCUGGUUACCGUAGAGCAGUACAACGAAGACAACAGCGACGACGACUCUCCAGCCUUCACAUACGUGAACCAACGGAACUGGCAUCACCCAGCUAUCGGCAAGCGGAUGAUCCAGCGAAUGAUUUAUCCGGCGAUCUGCUUAUGACACCGUUGCCUGGCCGUGUUACUACCAUGAACGUACCGGCAACACAGUGGAAAGAGGUUUUGGACAUUUUUGCUGCCGAAAAUGAGCACUACAAUGAGCGCGAAAUCAAAACGCCCGAAAGGAUAACGUCGUCAAACCAUAGUACUAACCAACUGGUGAGACGUAGAGCCGUACGCAGAAGAAAACCCGCACAUACUCGCUGUACGAAGGACGUUUAA